CUUGUCCCCUAAAAUACUAACAGAUAAAAUGGCGUCCGAAAACAGCUCCGAGUGCCAGGAAGAGCAAGCAGCUCUUCUAGAGACGAGCUCGGCACAAGACGAACAACGAGAAUGUGGCACAGUGGCAAAGCAACGCGAAUCUAAAUUAACUCUGUACCACUGGACGCAGUCUUUCAACUCCCAGAAGGUCCGCCUGGCCAUAGCAGAGAAAGGUUUGCACUGUGUGGAGUAUGAUGUCAGUCUACCACUCAGUGAGCACAAUGAGCCAUGGUUCAUGCGUCUGAAUCCAACUGGUGAGGUGCCUGUCCUAGUCCACGAUGACAAUGUUAUCUGUGACCCCACACAGAUUAUGGACUACCUGGAGCAGAACUUCAAUGAGGGCACUCCCAAGCUGGUCCCUGAAGAGGGCAGUACGUACUAUCUCAGAGUGCAGCACUACAGAGAGCUGUUGGACUCGCUACAGAUGGAUGCCUACACCCACGGCUGCAUCCUCCACCCUGAGAUCACUGUGGACUCCCACAUACCAGCAUACGCUGCCACAUGCAUACGAACACAGAUUGGAAACACACAGACUGAGCUGAAGAAACUGGCAGAGCAGAACCCAGAGCUUAAAGAUGCUUAUGUAGCAAAACAGAGGCGCUUGAAAUCCAAGUUGUUUGACCACGACAACAUGAAGUACCUGAAGAAGCUUCUGGAUGAGCUGGAAAGUGUGAUGGACCAGGUGGAGACAGAGCUACAGAGGAGGGUGGAGGAAACACCAGAAGAAGGCAGGCCAUCCUGGUUGUGCGGUGACUUCUUCAGCAUGGCCGACGUUUCUCUGGCAGUCACCCUACACCGUCUGAAGUUCCUCGGCCUGUCCCGCCGCUUCUGGGGCAACGGUAACCGUGUCAACGUGGAAACAUACUACGAGCGUGUGGUGGAGCGCCCGGCCUUCAGGAGAGUGCUGAGCCACGUCAACAACAUCCUGAUCUCUGCUGUCCUUCCUGUUGCAUUUCGUGUGGCCAGAAAGAAUGCACCGGUUAUUGUCGGCACCACUCUGUUGAUAAGCAUCCUGGGAGGAGCUACAUACCUCGCUUUUCUCUACAUGAAGAAGAGACUGACUGCUUUCAGCUGAAGGAGACUGAGGUGGUUUGGGACUGUAGUGGGGUGAAGGGAAUUUAAAUCACUGAAAGAUAAAUUACACAGAUAUGACCAAUUAUUAAACAUUGCUAAUAUUGUUUUCCGUGUUGCUGGUUGCACAAAAUGCACUUUUAGCCAUCCUGAGUUUGUGAUUGCUGCAUUAUACACCAAAGCAUUGACCUGAAGGACUGUAAUGGUGUUUUUGCAUGUUUUGCCUUGAUCCAGAUGUGGUGAGGUAGCAUUUGAACAACACUAAAUUCACAAGCAGGGUUUGGGAGGAGGUAUGACAGGUAUGCCAACACAUGUGCACGCAGACAUGGGUGGUCUGGAAUAGACAAUGGGAAUAUGAUUGCAGAAAGUUGCUCUGGUCGUCUAAAUGGGAAGAUUGUUUUUACAGCACAGCUGCACAUGAAUGCACCAUUCCUCUUUGGCAAACCUGAAAAUAUAGGAAUUCUGUUCAUGCAAUCAGACAUAAACAAACACAUGAAGCAGACUGUACUGAAAGUAAUUAAAACAAUAGAAGAAUGGGAGACUACAUGUAUAAAUCCCACAUAAAAUAAAUAGUUGACAUAUGGUAAAUGGAUUUCAAUGUGCAAAAAUACCAAUAUGGUCUCUAGCGACAUCUUUUUGUGUACUUAUAUGUGUUGCCUAAUGUGUGUUUUUCAUUUGUCCUUUCAUUGACAUCAAUAUUUGCAUGUUAGGAAAUUAAAAACAAGUACACUCAAAGCCUAUAGUGUGCUUUCUGUGACCAAAUUUGCCAACACUGAACAUGAUCAGCACUGCAGUUUCAACUGUAGUCUUCACAUAACAAAAACGAAUCUGUCAAUAAAACUAAUUUAUGUUUAUCUGUAUAACGAAUGGUCCAAUGUAUGGUAGAUUCACUAGGCAACAUCUAUUUUACAUAUACAGACCAUUAUGUCCAACAUCUGUCUAAAAUUAAACUGCUCUCAAACAAG